AUGUACGCCUCCCCCAGCACCCCCCCAGCACGUCCCCCUCUGACCACUCCACAGCUCUCCCGCGCCCAGAUCGCAACCCACAUCCAGCGCCUGCUCACCCGCUGGCCAGCAGACGCCAUCCGCCCUGCCUCCGUCUCCGUCCACGCCUACCUCCAAUCCCGCCUCGCACCGCCAACCCCAUCCCCCCAGCAGCCGCAGUCACGCUGGUCGCAGCUUUUCCGCCGCUCAUCCCCCGCCGCCGCCGCCGCCUCCCCGGCCCAGCAGUCGUCCGCGGGCGACGCGCCGCUGCUCACGUCGGACAAUGUCAAUGCGCUCUACGCCCUGCUGGAGAACCGGUACCAGAGGAAAUACCCGCUGCCGAACUCGCUGCGGUACCCGGCGAGUCGGCCGGAUUACUACGAUGGCUUGUUGAAGGAGUUUGAGGAGGCGCCGCGGCGGGGGUGGUUGGGGCGGAUGGGGAAGAAGUUGGGCGGGGUUUUACGGUGGAAGUGA